AUGGCCCCGUGGCUGCCCACCAAGGAGGAGAAGUAUGGCGUGGCUGUGUGGAACUUCCCGCGCACCAGCGAGCAUCACCUCCCGCUGCAGAUCGGGGAGACGGUGCACAUCCUGCAGGCCUCCGAGGGCUGGUACCGCGGGUAUUCGCUCAGGAACAGGGCUGCCCAGGGCAUCUUCCCGGCCUCGCUCAUCCACCUGAAGAGCGUCGUGGUGGAGCGCAGGGGGGGGCAGAUGGAGCGGUACCAGCAGGUGAAGCGGAUGAUGUACGAGCUGAUGGAGCAGCGCUCGCAGCUGCUCUCGGGGACGCUGCCCAAGGACGAGCUCCUGCAGCUCAAGAAGGAGGUGACCGGCAAGAUCGACUAUGGCAACAGGAUCCUCGCGCUGGACCUGGUGGUGCGGGACGAGGACGAAAACAUCCUGGACCCUGACAAAACCAGCAUCAUCAGCCUCUUCCAGGCGCACAAGAAGGCUGCGCAGACUAUCACACAGCGCAUCCAGGAGGAGACGAGCCUGCAGCAGAGCGCGCUGGGCUGCAGCGCCCACCUGGCAGCUUCGCCCUCCCACAGCCUCUACCUCUGCGUGCGCAACUUCGUCUGCAACAUCGGCGAGGAGGCACAGCUCUUCAUGGCGCUGUAUGACCCUGGCGAGCAGCGCAUGAUCAGUGAGAACUAUGUGAUCCGCUGGGCCAGCACGGGCGUCCCCCAGGACAUCGAGCUGCUCAACAACCUCAAGGCCGUCUUCACGGACCUGGGCAGCAAAGACCUGAAGCGGGAGAGGCUUUUCCUGGUGUGCCAGAUCAUCCGGGUGGGACGCAUGGACCUCCGGGAGACCUACAGCCGCAAGCUCAGCACGGGCCUCCGGCGGCCCUUCGGCAUCUCAGUGAUGGACAUCACGGACAUCACCAAGGGAAAGUGCGAGAGCAACGAGGACAAGCAGCACUUCAUCCCCGUGCACCUGGUGGCUGCUGACAACGAUUUUCUUCACAACAUGAUCAGGAAAGCAGUGGAGGGGAAGGACAUCAACCACAAGGGACAAGGGUUCUGGGUGUCCCUGAAGAUGCUGUGGGGAGACUUGAGCCAAGCGCGGAAGGACCAUCCCCACCUCGUGGACCGCAGCACGGUGGUGGCACGCAAGCUGGGCUAUCCAGAGGUCAUCAUGCCAGGAGACGUCAGGAACGACAUCUACCUGACGCUGGUGCAGGGCGAGUUUGACAAAGGGAACAAGAAGACGCAGAAGAACGUGGAGGUGACAGUGUGCGUCUGCGACGAGUCGGGCAGCGUGGUGCAGAAUGUGAUUUACCACGGCGUGGGAGACAAGCCGGCGAGCGAGUACCGCUCUGUGGUCUACUACCAGCAGCGGCACCAGCGGUGGAUGGAGACAGUGAAGAUUGCUGUUCCCAUUGAAGAUGUCCACAAGACCCACCUGAGAUUCACCUUCCGGCAUCGCUCCUCCAGUGACUCCAAAGACAAAAGUGAGCGGAUUUUCUCCAUGGCCUUUGUGAAGCUGAUGCGACCGGACGGCACCACGCUGCGUGAUGGGGAGCAUGACCUGGUUCUGUACAAGGGCGACAGCAGGAAGCUGGAGGACGCCGAUGCGUACCUGACCCUGCCCUCCGUGAGGAACCUGUCGGAGCCGAAGCUCCUCUCCGGCUCCUCCUUCCGUGUGAGCGGGGGCGCGUCGGGCUUAACCAUGUCAGCCCGGGACAGCUUCCAAAUCUCGACGCUCGUCUGUUCCACGAAGCUGACUCAGAAUGUCAACCUGCUGGGGCUGCUGAAGUGGCGCUCCAAGCCCAGCCUCCUCUCCAGGAACCUCCAAAAGCUGAUGAACGUGGAUGGAGGGGAGGUCAUCAAGUUCCUCCAGGACACGUUGGAUGCCUUGUUCUCCAUCAUGAUGGAGAAUUCGGACACGGAUGUCUAUGACACGCUUGUCUUUGACGCCCUGGUUUUCAUCGUGGGGCUGGUGGCUGACAGGAAGUUCCAGCAUUUCAACGCCGUCCUGGAGGCCUACAUCCGCCAGCACUUCAGUGCCACGCUCGCCUACAAGAAGCUGAUCUCGGUGCUGACACAGUACGUGGAUCACGCGAGCCGGGGGGAGCCCUGCGAGCUGCUCAUGCGCACCUUCAAGGCCUUGGAGUACAUCUUUAAGUUCAUUGUCCGGUCCCGGCACCUCUUUGCCCAGCUCUACGAGGGAAAGGAGACGGCCGAGUUCCAGUGCUCACUGCAGCGGUUCUUCCUCUCCCUGAACCAGCUGAUGAAAUCCCCACUGGAGGGUCCCACGCUGCUCUCCCAGGGAGCAGCCCUGAAGUACCUGCCUUCCAUCCUUGAGGACGUGUUUGGGAUCUUCGACUCCUCUGCGCUGGGGGCCUUGCUGCGGGACUUCAUUGGGAACCUGCCGCCCCAGCGCCUGCUGAAGCAGAAGCUGCAGUCCCUGACCGACAUCGUCAACAGCAAGAUCUUCCAGUCCUACGAGUGCCGGGAGCUGCUGCUGCAGAUGGCUGUGCCCAUCCUGCGAGAGCUGAUCGAGAAGGGGGAGGAGGAAGAUGCCUGCAUUGAGCUGCUCAGCAACAUCCUGGAGGUGUUGUACAAGGCCCAGAAGGUAAAUCCCGUGAAGAAGCACAUCCAGCUGAUCCUGGAGCAGCUGCUGCACACCGUCAAUCGGAGGGUGAUCAUCCUGGACCGGGAGAACACCCUGCGGAGUCACUAUGUGGCCUGCAUGGCUGCCAUCCUGAGCCAGAUGGACAAGGACCACUACAGCUCCUACAUCAAGGCGUUCCCCUCCCGGCCCGAGUUGAUGGACUUCCUCAUGGAGACCUUCAUCCUCUUCAAGGACCUGAUUGGCAAGAUGGUGUACCCCUCUGACUGGAUGGUGAUGAACAUGGUGCAGAACCGGGAGUUCCUGCGUGCCAUCAACCUGUUUGCUGCGACCUUGACGGAGAUGUUCCUGAGCAACAGCAGCUUUGAGCUGCAGCUUUGGAACAACUAUUUCCACCUGGCCGUGGCUUUCCUCACCCAGGACUCCCUGCAGCUGGAGAACUUCUCUCAAGCCAAGCGCAACAGCAUCCUGGCCAAGUACGGAGACAUGAGAGCCACGAUCGGAGCUGCUAUUCGGGACAUGUGGUACAACCUAGGCCAUCACAAGAUCGAGUUCAUCCCAGGCAUGGUGGGCCCCAUCCUGGAGAUGACGCUCGUGCCGGAGCUGGAGCUGCGCAAGUCCACCAUCCCCAUCUUCUUCGACAUGAUGCUCUGCGAGUACCAGCUGACCGAGAGUUUCAGCCGGUUUGAGGACGAGAUCCUGCGCAAGCUGGACAGCGAGGUGGAGGGCGGUCGGGGAGAUGAGCAGUACAAGCAGCUUUUUGAGAGCAUCCUCCUCAGCUGCUGCCAGAGACACCCUGAGCUGGCCAAGCCCGGGGAGAACUUCGUCGCACUGGUGACCGGGCUCCUGGAGCGGCUCCUCGACUACCGGGCUGUUAUGAAUGAUGAGAACAAAACCUACAGCAUGAGCUGCACCGUCAACCUCCUGAACUUCUACAAGGAGAUCGACCGCCAGGCCAUGUACAUCAGGUACCUGUACAAGCUGAAGGACCUGCAUGUCAGCUAUGAGAACUACACGGAGGGAGCCUACACCCUGCUACUGCACGCCCGGCUCCUCAAGUGGUCGGAUGAGGCGAACACAGCCCCCAUGCAGGGCUUGCACAGCCCCAGCCUGCACACCCAGCGCCAGCUGAAGGAGGCUCUCUACAACCAGAUCAUCGACUACUUCGACCAGGGCAAGAUGUGGGAGGAGGCCAUCCACAUCUGCAAGGAGCUGGCGGAGCAGUACGAGAGUGAAGUCUUCGACUACGAAAUGCUGAGUGACAUCCUGCAGCGGGAAGCCAAGUUCUACGAGAAGAUCCUGAAGGUGCUGCGGCCCAGCCCAGACUACUUUGCCGUGGGCUACUACGGGCAAGGCUUCCCCACCUUCCUCCGGAACAAGGUCUUCAUUUACCGGGGCAAGGAGUAUGAGCGCCGGGAGGACUUUGAGAUGCGGCUGCUGAGCCCCUUCCCCAACGCUGAGCAGCUGAAGAGCACGUCUCCACCCAGCCAGGACAUCACCGGCUCCCCGGGCCAGUAUAUCCAGUGUUUCACCGUGCAGCCGGUGGAGGAAGCCAAGGUCCGGUUCAAAGACCGGAGCAUCCCAGAGCAGAUCACCAAUUUCUAUAAAGCCAACCACGUCCAGAAAUUCAGCUACUCGCGGCCCUUCAAGAAAGGCCCAAAGGAUCCAGACAAUGAAUUUGCAACCAUGUGGAUCGAGCGGACGACCUUCGUAACAGCCUACCCCCUGCCCGGCAUCCUGCGCUGGUUCGUGGUGACCUCCACUACCACGACCAUCAUCUCCCCCCUGGAAAAUGCCAUUGAGACCAUGAUGAAAACGAAUGAGAAAAUUAUGAGCGAGAUCAACCGGCACCAGAAUGACCCCAGCCUGCCCAUCAACCCACUCUCCAUGCUGCUCAACGGCAUCGUGGACCCUGCUGUCAUGGGUGGCUUUGCCAAGUAUGAGACGGCCUUCUUCCAGGAGUCCUACCUGCAAGAGCACCCUGAGGAUGAGGGGAACAUCGAGAAGCUGAAGGACCUGAUCGCCUGGCAGACCCCGCUGCUGGCAGAGGGGAUCCAGAUCCACGGGCGGAAGGUGACGGAAGACCUGCGGCCCUUCCACGAGCGCAUGGAGCAGUGCUUCAUGCAGCUGCGGGCUAAGGUGGAGAGCCAGUAUGGGGUCCGGGAGAUGGUCUGCUUUGAGGACCGGCGGAGUGGACGACCCCGGUCCAUGGCCUGGGGACCCGACUGGGACCGGCUGAGCCAUGCUGGAGACAGCACGGAGGCACCCCCGACCCCAAAGCCUGCCCCUCGCACCUCUGAGAGUGAGGACCGCAGGAAUGAGCGCAAGGAGAACCGCUCCAGCACCUUCUUCGGGUACCGGCGGCAGGACCUGCGCCAGUCUAUCUCAGAGCUGCCAGAGCCCAAGGAGGAGAAGCGGAGACUCUCCCGCAACAUGACCGAGAGCAGCCUGGGCAGCUCCGAGGGGAAACAGCCUCUGCCAAGCCAAGACACCACUGGUGCUCAGCCCAGCACUGCAGGGCUGUCCCUGUCUCCCACCGGCUUCGGUGGCCGUGUGAAGAGUGCCAGCAAGGCCCCGCCGCUGCCCCGCAAGAUCAGCCCCACGGUGUACGAGACAUUCCUGGAGCAGAGCGAUGCCGCAACCGGAGGGAAGGCAUCCCCAUCACCGACAGUGGAUGGAAAUAAAGGGCUGAAGUCACCACCUCCUCCGCCACCAAAGUCCAAGCGAGUGUCACAGCUCUGA